CCGCAGCACCUUGGCCUUUUGUGGGGCGCCCUGCUCACCGCCUGCAGCACCUUUGGUUGGGCAAAGUGGAAGAAGCAGGCAAGCAGGUCGGGACACGAGCCACCCGCCGCCUUCUCCAUCCCGGGUGCACGGAUCCCUUGGCACCGAGUGCGAAUCCUGCCACAAGCAGCGGGGAGGGAGGGAGAAGGAGGGUGCAGCGGCGGUUCCUCCUCCUCCUCCUCCUGCGCCCCCUUCCUAAUGCAUGCUGGCCGAGCUCGAUGCUGUGGCUAUUUGGGGCUUGCGGGGUAAGGGGAGGGAAGAGGCUCUGCUGCUCCCCGCGCGGGGACGCUGCUGGAGCGCGCCUUGUUGCUUGCUGGGCUUUUUUUGCAGGGUGGCUUCGCUGCUCCCCGCGACGAUGCCGGCAAGAGCGGAGCUGGCCGCGGGGGCCACCUGAGCAGAGGAGAAGAGACGAGGAGGAGGAGGAGGAGGAGGAGCUUUGGGCGCAUCUAGGACACCCCACCCUCGGCUCCUGACCAAGCGAUGCGGGGCAGCGCGGGGCAGCGGCGCCAGGAGGAGCCCGAGGUGAGAAACCUGCGCGCGUUUGUGCACGAAUGUUCGUGUGUCUCUCUGCGUGUUGUGUUUUGUGCAUUUCCAUCCGGGCUUGGUGGAAGGCGGGGCGGGGGGGGGGUUGGAGGGAAAGAGACGUCCUCCUCAAUAGACACCCACAGACACCCGGGAGGGCACUCUUCCUGGCACCUGGCAAGGCGUUUAAUGGAGGAUCAUUAAGUUUGGACGCCUGGCACACCCUGCGCAUUACUGACCUUGGACGCCGAGACAGCCUGGCAACUCCCCGGCUUGGAUGCUGUGUGAGCAAGAAGCCUUUGCACUGCCCGCUGCUUUGUCACACACACACACACACACACACACACACGGCACCUUUUGCAAAGACCACGCACCCACCUCCAGGCUUAUGGUAAGUGUGACUGCCCUGCCAGAAGAAUCGGUGGCCGUUGAGGAUCUCGGCAAUGGGACCUGGGAAGCUGGAAUCUUAUUCUUCUCUGGCGAUCACUCGUAGCCGAGUAAGAUUGUCUUCCAUAAACACGGUUUUAACAAUGAGUCCGUAAGUGACUGUGGAGGCCAAUUCUGGAUCCGGUGUUGCAUCUAGCUCAGUAUUGUCCACACUGGCUGGUAGCCACUUUGCAGGCACCCCUUCCCAGCCUUUACCUGGAGAUGCCGGGAUUGAAGCUGGAAACUUUGGCAUGCAAAGCAAAUGCUCCACCACUGAGCCUGGGUCCUUCCCCAACAGCACCCAGACUGGGGGCAGAUUUGCAUGAAGAACCCCAGGCUGAGGUGUGCGUCUUGUGUUCCCUUGUAAAGCAUUUGUGCGUUCUUGAGCUCAUGGGGAGGGGGGGGAAUGCCUAUUCUGAGAGGCUGGAUCCCUCGGCUGCUUGGUAGGAUGUUAAUGGGAUGGCAGCGUGCACAUGACAGGGAGGUGGGUGAAUUGUUGGGAGAUGUACAGCCUGGUGUUUUAUCACCAUCGUGGUUAUAACACUUGUCUUGCAGCAAAUCAAUGCGGUGGGCAUUUAUUGCUCCCAUUUUACAGCGCGGAGUAACUGAGGCUGAGAGGCAGAAACUUGCUCAGGGUCUGCGCUGUGAGCCUAUGACUUAUAAGUGGGAAUUUGGAGUCAGGUUCCGCUCUCUGCCCAUUGGGCCAUGCUGCCUCUGUUAUAUAUCAAUGGCUUGUGAUAGCUAGUGGAUAGGGUGCUGCAGUGUCGUGAAAAACUGUUUGGGGAUAGUCAAGUGCCUUUUACCAAGGUAUGGUGGUUCGUGUUGUCCGGGGUGGGACAGGGAAGCAAGGCAUUCCAAAUCAUGCAUCUCUUUGCUGCCAGGCUUGGGAAGGGUUAAAGUGCUGCAGGAUUCCUGGCUCCAAUCAGGGGUGCAGGGAUCUGCUAGCUUGGUCUGAGCAUCCCCAUCCUCAAGCUGCAAUAGACCGGGAGCCAGGCGCCCAAGGUGAACUUGCAUGAGCUGCAGGGAGUAGGUGCUCUGCAGGGCUUAGGUAUUGAGUCACACAGCUCCGGGGAUGUGGUUUGCUUUUGUAGGCCAGCUGAUCCGUCUGCAUUUUCCGAGUGGUACGCCUUGCAGAUGGUCCCAGGUUCAGUUCCUGACAUUUCCAGUUAAAGGAUCUUAACAAGAGCAGGAAAGGCCUUGGUAGCCCUGGGGAGCUGCUGCCUGCUGGGGUGCGCAGUAUUGGGUUGCAUGGACCAGGCGGCUGCUUACAUAAGUCCUCUUACUCCCUAAGGUUUUGCUGUUGUGCCCAAAUGGCAACAAGAGAGAUAGAAGAUGGUCGUAAUCCUAUAAGGAUGUUGCGGGACAUAAGAGCCACCCGGUGUGGCCCUUGCCUUAGAAGCCCACCAGCCCCAGAAUGAUACCACUAUCAAUGUCUUUUCAGAUGGGGCAGCUGCCUUGCCAUGCGUCCUCUGGCUCAAGAUGCAGUGGCAAAGCCCAGAGUUGGGAACGGGGGGUUGGCUGCUGCCAUCUGAGGUCCCGCCAAACCCAGCAGUGGGAGGGGAGAAGGCGAUACACACUGCAGCUGUAUGCCGGAGAAGGGAGAGACAAGUUGCUUAUACAUGUGACUUCAGCUUCAUGUUUGCAUCCAUGUGCCAUGCACAGCUGCUCACUUAUGCUCGCCUGCAGCUCUCUGUCCACCCAGCUUGGCGUUCAGUUCAUGUUGCUGCUUUUGUUUCUCCUGGAGGCGGUCUCCUGGCUUAACCCCGCUUUGCCCAUCGCAGCCCUUUGUCACCAAACUCACCCGCUUGCUUCCCUUGCUGUCUUUUGCUCCCGAUCCUUGCUUGCGACAGCCAGCCGCCUUCCUCACCCGUGUCGCUGUCCCACAGGGUGAAACCUGAGAAGUUGUGACGACGCUGGAUGCGGGCCGCCUCACGUCGCAGCGAUGGCCUCCGUGGGACUCUUCCUGGCCUGGAGCCUGCUGCUGCCGGCCCUGCAACAGGCAUCCCGCCUCCCCACCCCAAACAACCCCACCUGGGACCCUCCCUUGAGCUCUGCCCCACGGCUGCCUCCGCUGAAUGGACCCUCCCAAGAGCUUCUCCCAAGCAUAACGCCAACCCGUUCAGACCCCUUUGCCCACGAGAUCUCCAGCGGCGAUGGGGAGCCAGGCAGUGAGAUUUGGGACGGGGCGAAUCCCACAAGCCAUCCCGGGACUCCAAUACCCCGGGUGCCCUUUGACUUCCCUCCGGUGACCCGUUCUGGCUUGGGGACAACUGCUAGGGCUUCUGAAGUAAGCUCAGCUCCCCACCUCACCGUGCAGGGUCUUCCUCAGAUGGGGGGCUUCAGUCUGUCAACAGUGGGGCUUUCUAGCGUUAAUACAGAGCCUGAGGCAACCACUGGCCAUGCACCUGCGGAAAUAAGCCCAGAGCAGGGAAAUAAUGGGACUUCUCUCUCAGUCCCUGGUGCUGCAAGCGUGGUCACUCCUGGAAUGGCCUCCCUGCCAACCUCAUCCGGGGUCGAGGCCUCGGAUUUACCUGCCUCCCAGGACGAGACCAGCCGCCACCAGGCGGUGCUCAAAGAUAUUUCCAUGGCAACCACACUAGGCCCCAAACCUACUGUUUCCACCAUCCCCUUGCUGACGUUACCUGCUGACGGGUCCCACGUAAAGUGGAUGGCGACCGAACGCACCGGCCCAAGGGACGAUAGCGCCAUGGGGCAGCGGGGAAACGGGGGUCCGCAGCAGGAGCUGGUGGGCCCAAACCAGACCACCGUCAAAUAUAUGGCUUCCUACAGGAGCACACAGACUUAUGGGGGCCCACAGGGACGGGAGGAGCUCUCCACCACUCCUUUUAGACCCACACACGCGGCUGGAUACACCCAGAGGCCGCUUGGGCCAGGGAGGGACACUGUGGUUGUUGCUUCUGUCUCCCGGGCUGGUACAGCCAUCCCACUGGAUGGGCCCCUGGUCUCCACAAGCCCCCCUCAGCCAGCCUCAGAGGUCUUCCCGAGCCCGUCCACCUCUUCACCGGCAGGGGACGUGGCAGGGACCCCCCAGGGACCAGUUACGCACCAAGGAAGCACCCAUUGGAGCCUGAUUGUCCACACAACGCAGCAGCCAGGACUUUGGGAAGUGGCCGGAACGGAAAAGACUCAUUCUCUUGGCGGGUCAGCGACCCCAGGUAGGUUUUAGGUUGUUUCUACUUUGGGUUACGGUCUUACUAGCAAUAAACGCCCCUCCCUGCCCCCAAUUCUGGUCAAACUAAUAGCCAAGCGGUUCUCAAUUGGUGGUCUGUGGGGGGUGGGGUCCGUGUAACACAGCCAGGGGGUUCAUCACACCAUUCACAUAACAAAGAUUAACAUAGCGAUAUCAACAUUUUCAAAAGUAGAGGGUCCAUGGCUUGGCUUUUGAAAAACGGGGAUUCCCUAGUUCAUAGCUAUUUGGGAACCAUUGGUAAAUAGACCCAUUUGCUCUCUCUUAAGGCUACAUUCACAACAUAUGCUUAGAGCAGUAUGGUACCACUUUAAACAGUCCCAAAGAAUUCUGGGACCUGUAGUCUAUUCAGGGUGCUGAGAGUUGUUAGACCCGUAGUUGCAAUUGCAGAGCGGUUUAGCAGUCAGUCCCUCUUCCCAGGGAACGCUGGGAAUUGUAGCUCUGAGAGGAGAAUAGGCGGCCUUGGCAUGGGGGUGCCUCCUGUCAACUCUCAGCACCCUGAACUGACUACAUUUCCCAGAAUUCUUUGGGGGAAGCGAUGACUGCUUAAAGGUAGGGUUGCCAUAUUUCAAAAAGUUAACUUCUUGACACAUGCAAAGUUGUUGAGGGUUUUUGUUGUUGUUUUGUUUUGUUUUUGGAAUAAAUCCAAAUUGUUGAGCUUUUUGGGAGAAACCUUCCCCACCAAAAAACAACAACAGUGAUUUUAAGUUUUUGGAGCUAUUUCGCAGCUUUUUCCAUUCAUUGCCAUACAUCCGGGUUUUUCCUGAAACUUGCUAUCAUUUGCCACUUGCUUUAGGGUGUCCCCAUGAGAGUGAAAAGGAAUUAUCGUACUGGGGAAGGUUAUGCCUAUGAUAACUGCAGUGGGGGCUGGGAUGUAACGUGGCAGAAGUAAGCUGGGCUCUGUACAGUGGCUGGCAUAUUAUGGGUGGAAUCGAGUGAAUUGUUUUAUUAGUGCAGCGAUGGGGGAAGACAUUUAGUUGUGAGGGAGGAUAUAUGAAGUAGCAAAGAGGCUGGCAGCGACAGGAAGGAGGUGGCCGGGAUAUUGCAGCUUUGCUGCGGUUGGGAUGGGGUUUAACGCUCUAGGGUGUUUUGUGAAGCAGCAGCAGUGGCUGAAAGUAGCAUAGCAUAGUUUAAUUCAAUUUUUAUUUGAGCACUGGGUAUAUAUCAUUAUGUGAACCAUUGAGAGGUUUAUUUAUUUUACUAAGUGGUCUAUGCAUUUUGUUGUUAAAUAGGUAACAUAAAUCAAAAAAAUAUUGUUAUUGUAAGCCACUUCGGAUGCUCACCGCAAGCAGAAAAGUAACAAAACGGUUGUAGCCAGCAAUGCUGUACUCAGAGCAGACCCACUGGAAUUAAUGGACCCAACUUAGCCAUGCCCAUCAAUUUCAAUGGGUCUACUCUUGAGUAUGGCUAAGAACCCUUAGCUACUCAGUAUGGCAUCUCCUGGUUCUUCUGCUACCUGAAACCCCUAUUGGAAUCAGUCCUCUUCGGGUUGGAUAACUUUCCUCACCUCAUAAUCUCUUUAGCUACAAAGGGAACAUUAUUAACAUCGAGGAGGGAUUUAAUUUUUAAAGGUUACCCAGACAUUAGAUGACAACCUUGAAAUUAUUAACUAUGAGGGCGUGUGAUUGUUUUUAGACUUUAAACAUUUUUUUUAAUCAAAUGGUUUUGACUAUUUUGCUUUUGCUGCCCUGAGCUCCUUUGAGAGGAAUGGCAGGAUAUGAAUUUAAUAAUAAUAAUAAUAAUAAUAAUAAUAAUAAUAAUAAUAAUAAUUUAUUAUUUAUACCCCACCCAUCUGGCUGAGUUUCCCCAGCCAUUCUGGGUGGCUCCCAACCGAGUGUUAAAACAAUAUAGCAUUAAAUAUUAAAAACUUCCCUAAACAGGGCUGCCUUCAGAUGUCUUGUAAAGAUAAGAUAGCUGCUUAUUUCCUUCACAUCUGAAGGGAGGGCAUUCCACAGGGUGGGUGCCACUACCAAGAAGGCCCUCUGUCUGGUUCCCUGUAACCUCACUUCUCUCAAUGAGGGAACCACCAGAAGGCCCUCGGUGCUGGACCUCAGUGUCUGGGCAGAACGAUGGGGGUGGAGAUGCUCCUUCAGGUAUACAGUAAUAAUAAAAGCAAUGCUUCCGGGAGAAAACAAGGCAGCAGUUUGACAUGGUGGGGUUUUCCUUUCGCCUGAGCUAGAGCUACCUGUGUAGUUGCUGGAUCCAUCCAAAGCCUAUUCCUCUCUUUUUCUCCCCAGGGAUUUUGGGAGCGAUUGAUAUUAACCCCCAACGAGUCCGGGGAGCUGUGAUGCCCAAGGUCCCUGUCACGUAUGUUGGGUCCUCUACUCCUGGACAGGACACCUCUGUGGUGAGGACCAGCCCGGAAACCAAGCACCCAGGUGAGUGAGAACAGGGCAGCGAAGAUGUUUACUAAGAACGUGAGAAGAGGUCUGUUAGAUCAGACCAUCUAGGCUGGGGUACGGUGGGCUAUGCCUGCGUAGCCAAGGCGGUAGACUCCAUAUGUGGACUCCAACUCUCAUCAGUCCCAGCAAGGGUGGUCCAACAAGAAGCCACAAACAGGGCUUGAAGGCAUUAUGAUUCCCUGGCAAGGCUCCCCCCGAGAUACGCUGCUUCUGAGCAUGGAGUUUGCUAAAUAGGGCUCCGCAAAUCAUCCCUCCAUGAUCAACAUAUCCCAUGGCGCUGAAUUCAGGUAUGGGUGUCCUUGGAAUCCUUCAGAAUAUCCCUCCCGCAGCUGCUAUUUGCUUUUUUAAAAAAGAAAAAAGCAUGAAUAACAUAAUACACAGUUUGGCCCUAAGUACGCGGGUGGCGCUGUGAGUUAAACCACAGAGCCUAGGACUUGCCGAUCGGAAGGUCGGCGGUUCGAAUCCCUGUGACGGGGUGAGCUCCCGUUGCUCGGUCCCAGCUCCUGCCAACCUAGCAGUUCAGAAGCACAUCAAAGUGCAAGUAGAUAAAUAGGUACAGCUCCGGCGGGAAGCUAAACGGCGUUUCCGUGCGCUGCUCUGGUUCACCAGAAGCGGCUUAGUCAUGCUGGCCACAUGACCUGGAAGCUGUACGCUGGCUCCCUCGGCCGAGAAAGCGAGAUGAGCGCCGCAACCCCAGAGUCGGCCAUGAGUGGACCUAACGGUCAGGGGUCCCUUUACCUUUACCUUUACCUAUAACUUCAUUUACUCACUUAUUUGUCCCCUAGCCCUUUUGCUCUUCCCUUCCUUUCUCCCCCUCCCUCCAUAAUCUCCCUCCACUUUUGGGGUUCGUAGCUGACAAAGUCACACUCGGAACAGAACCCACAAGUUAGUUGUGGUUAACUGAGGUCCAUUUUGAGUAUGGCUUGGAUGCCACACUUAGGCUGCAAACUUACUUGGGAGUAUGCUCUGUUGAUCUCAAUGAGAUUUGCUUUAAGCAGACAUGCACAGGGCUGCACCGUCUCAGUGUAAUCUUGUUGGCGUAAAGACCUGCCCUGCCCUCUCUUUUUUGCUUAUCUCGCUGCGCAAAGUGCUGUGCACCUUGUCGGUGCUCCAUACAUAAUACAUUGCAAUAAUAGAUUGGAUAUGUUAUUGAAGGAGGCGGAUUGCCUUACUACUGGGCUUUCGUUUCAGAUUUUAAAUCCGCCACUGUUGCAAAUAUGCUGAAUUGACUAGCAUUAAAUUUAUUAUUGCGUUGCAUAAUUCAUUCUGCUUCUCCUAGACUGUGGGCGGGGGGGAGGGACAGUGAGUUAUACAGGGCACUCAACGAGUGUCUGGAUGGCCGAGCAGCCUUAAGACUCAAGGCUUUGGGUUUAGGCUAAGGUGGCUGUCCAGCCCUAAACACAACCCAGAUGGCACAAUUAAUGGUCAGGGAUGUGUAGUUCAGCAAAACCUGGAGGUCCACAGGUUCCUCAUCCUCAAAGUGGACAGUGCUGGCCCAAGUAGGCCUAUCUCAGGAUAAGGUAGCUUUGAAUGUCUGAAGCUGCAUUCCUUCUCCUUUCUAUGUUCUGCCUUCUGCCCAUUCAGCAAAUUCUCUGGCAUUUAUUUGAGCUCUCGCCUGGCGCUGCCCAAACACACUCCCAGCAAUAUAUUUGCAGCCAAAAACUUUUUAAAAAGGGGGGGGGGAGAUUCUGCAGCCAGUGCCCCCUUCCGCAGCCUUUCACGAGCUCUGCGAAAUGGUGGCAAUCAAACCCACACCUCUGCUUACCCUUACUCGCUCGAGCCAUCUCAGACAAUUUGCUUCGCAAAUUUGUCUUCUGAUAAUGGUAUGCAGUGGCGUGUAAGGACAAAAGCAAAUACUUAACCAGCAUCUCCGCCUUAUUAAGGGUCCCAGCCUGGGUGGGGAGGCAGGGAGCGCGAGACAAUUAUUAUAUAUAUCUCAAUUAUUUCCAGCAGUCUCUCCCCUGUAGAAUGGAAAUGGUCUUCACUUUGGGCAGUAAAAUUGGCCCACGUGACCUUUCAGCACCAUACUUAGACAGAUGUGGGUUCGUGUUCAUGGUCACCAGUCCCACCAGAACGAAGGAGCUUGGAAGAGAACCUUUGACUGCAUUCAAAAAGUACAGGGUGCUUAGGGGUGCAGGGUGCUGGAACUUAUCCAGACACACAGGCAGAGUAGCAAGGCACACACGCUUCCCCCCUCCCCCGUUCUUGGAAUCCCCUCCAUACCCAGGGACAAAGGCUGAUUCCCGUUUAGAGCCUCUAUUUGGAAUUCUUCCCCAGAUGCCCAGGAAGGAUUUGGGUGGACCGGGAAGAAGCAAGGCUGCCGUGUGAGGGACCUAGUUCUGCCCUAAAUGGAUUGUUCCAUAGGCAGCGGGGGGUGCUGGUUAUAUCUGAGCUCGGUGCCAUUUCUAAUCAGGAUAAUCUCCGGACCCGAUUAGCGCUAACUACGCAAGCUUGGCUGUCCUCCUCACUAGCUGCUCCUUCCCAGGACAUAUCUCUGUGAAGACGAGGCAGGAUGGGUGCUGGUCCAGAGAGGACCUCUUGCCCCUGAGCUAUUUCAUUCCCCCCGCUAGGCCUCGGAUCCCUGAGCCCACAACACGUAGAGGAUCGUGCGAGUCCAAAGUUGCCACUUUCUCCUAGGACAGGACAAUAAUUUGGCCCCAGGUUUGAUCCCCAGCAAAGCUGGGAGAAAGUCUGGGUAGCCACUGCCAGUCAGUGUAGACAAUACUGAUGUAGAGGUUAAAAAAAAAAAACGUAAAGGACCCGUGGACGGUUAAGUCCAGUCAAAGGCAACUCUGGGGUUGCGGCGCUCAUCUCGCUUUCAGGCCAAGGGAGCCGGUGUUUGUCUACAGACAGCUUUCUGGGUCAUGCGGCCAGCAGGACUAAACCGCUUCUGGCGCAAUGGGACACCGUGACGAGAACCAGAGCGCACAGAAAUUGCGUUUACCUUCCUGCCGCAGUGGUACCUAUUUAUCUACUUGCACUGGCGUGCUUUCAAAAGGUUGGCAAGAGCUGGAACAGAGCAAUGGGAGCUCACCCCGUCGCGGGGAUUCGAACCACCGACCUUCCAAUUGGCAAGCCCAAGAGGCUCAGUGGUUUAGACCACAGUGCCACCUGUGUCCCUACUGAUGUAGAAGGGCCAGACUCAGAAAGUUCCCACCUCCCCCUUGCCCACCCAUUUUCUUUCCUUCCCUUGCCUUGGGCUCAGCAGAAGAGUGCAAUAGUAGGCCACCCUUUUCUCCUGAAGCCAAGGCGAUCCAGCACCACUGCCCCUGUCAUUUUUUGUGACAAAUAGUGAUUUGACACCUUCCUACGCAGACACCCUUUCCCCUCUUUCCUGCUGGGCAGUUUCUGUCUUUGGCACAGUUUUUGCCUCCCUAUCCCCUGAUCUCACCCCCUACCCCCCAGUUCUCCUCUGCUUUGCUGAUCCACUCAUGCCUAGAUCAGUUCCAGCAAAUUGGGGAGUGGAUGGCAGGCAAAAGACAGUGAAGAAGCUCUGGUUGCCUUGUCUCUCACUUGCAGCAGAAGAUUUAAAGGUGCAUGGAUGUUCUCCAGAAUGCAACCCAGCAGAUUCCACCCCCUCAAAAAAAAAUCUGCCAUUAGGUGGUUCACAUUCAGAUUCAUUGACUUCAGAAAUAGGGUGGAACUGAGACCUGUGGGCAUAUAAAUUCAAUAAAAUAAAUAAAAUUUAAAAUUUUUAAAAAACCUACAUCAUCCUUCUGGCGGUUCCCUCACUGUAAAAAGCAAAGCUACAGGGAACCAGGCAGAGGGCCUUUUCGGCAGUGGCGCCCGCCCUGUGGAACGCCCUCCCAUCAGAUGUCAAAGAAAUAAACAACUACCUGACAUUUAGAAGACAUCUGAAAGCAGCCCUGUUCAGGGAAGUUUUUAAUGUGUGAUAUUUUAAUGUAUUUUUGAACUUUGUUGGAAGCCGCCCAGAUGGGCGGGGUACAAAUAAAUUAUUAUUAUUAUUAUUAUUAUUAUUAUGAUUAUUAUUAGUGGGGAACUGUUGCAUUUGCAAUUUCUGGAUCCUUUUGCUUGCUCCCUCCAUACUAAGUUGGCUUUAGUGCUUCUCGUUUCAGAAUUUCCACCAUGCUCAGCAUAAUCCCUGUAAAACAGAUGCACCUUAGGGACAGAGGAAGCUGCCUACUGAGUCAGACCGUUUGCUCCAUCUAGCUCAGCAUUUUCUACUGCGACUGGGUUUCAGGCAGGGGAUAUUCUCAGCCCUUCCUGGGGACGCCAGGGAUUGAAUCUGGGAGCGUUUGGCAGGAUGAGAGAAUGCUCUGCUGCUGAGCUUUUCUCCACUUAGCCCAUAUAGCUUGUCAGUUGUUUACAACUAUAGGCUUCUCUGCAUGUGGCCUGGCCUGAAGCUUCUUCACUUUCCUCCCGUGUAACUUGGAAAAACAAAGUCCCUCCACAGUCAUUCCUGGAUCCCUAGUGCAUAUCCUCCAGGCUUAUCUCAGCGGUGGCCUCUUAGCUUGCCUUACCAGUUCUGAACAAUCUACUGAGUCUUCCUUAAUCACCCCCUCCCCUCCCCUCCCCUGGGCUCAUCUUCAGGCUGAAAAAUUACCAGUUAUUACAAUCGGGAGAACUGCAGUGUGUGGUAUGCCAGCCCCGGCCGAGCUAUUUUCUAGGAUACAGUCAUACCUCGGGUUGCGAACGUGAUCCGUGCGGGAGGCACGUUCGCAACCUGCAGCUGAAGUGCUGUGUCUGCGCACGCAUGUGGUGCGAUUUGGCACUUCUGCGCAUGCGCGUGGUGUCAUUUUGUGCUUCUGCACAUGCAUGGGUGCCGAAACCCGAAAGUAACCCGUUCCGGUACUUCUGGGUUUGGUGCGGUACGCAACCCAAAAACGCACAACCUGCAGCGUUCAUAACCUGAGGUAUGACUGUACUCCAUCCCAGUUUUCAGUUCCUCAUUCCCAACAGUUAGCAUUUUCAAUCACUGAGUGUGUUCGGUUCCCAUUGGGCCGGUUUUGGAGUUUACCACCAAUCAUCACUGCUGAGGGUUAUUUCUCCUAAAUACAGUGGUACCUCUGGUUAAGUACUUAAUUCGUUCCAGAGGUCCGUUCUUAACCUGAAACUGUUCUUAACCUGAAGCACCACUUUAGCUAAUGGGGCCUCCUGCUGCCGCCGCGCCGCCGGAGCCCGAUUUCUGUUCUUAUCCUGAAGCAAAGUUCUUAACCUGAAGCACUAUUUCUGGGUUAGCGGAGUCUGUAACCUGAAGCGUAUGUAACCCGAGGUACCACUGUACCUUUUUGUGCGCAUUUGCAAACCUCAGGGUCCCCCCAGUCAGGCUUGACAUCUCCCCAUUGUGUGUGGGCGGCGUGUCAUUUUGGCUACAAAAGGACCCGCGCUUGGAGAGCUGUGUCGGUCGGCCAUGAGCUUAAAUGAUUGUUGGUUAUGGUUGCCCUGUUUCCUGCAUGCCAGCGUUGCUCGUCUCUCGCUCACCCUGCUGAAUCUUGCCAGGUGGCAGGAUGGUGAGGCGGGAGGAGGGUAAUGAAUGGGCCGGGGCCACCCACCUGCUGUCGGGAAGGCCCCCUGGAGCAGAUGGCAGAGGAAGCUGCUCCUUAAUUUGGCUGCUGUCGCCUCCAGUUCGGGAGAGGAAUAAAUAGUCAUCUCUUGUUCCCCCUCCAGCAUAGAUGACUCAGUAGCAGAGCGCAUGCUGGGCAUGCCGAAGGGCAAAGCUUGCAAUCCCUGGCAUGUCUAGUAGUUAAAGCAUAUCGGGAAAGAUAUCUCUCUCGGACUGAGACCUGGGGGAGAGCAGUCAGUGGGGAUAGCAAAACCAGUCGGUCCAAAACUGUGUGUCAUUUGAGAGAACUGCUCGUUUUGCUACAGUAAACCAAUCAAUUAAAUGCUCCUGGGGCACAAAGUGGGAUUUAAUAGCAUUGCAACCGGCGGGGUGUGUGUUUCGUUGAGUAGGGAAGUCUUAGCAAGAGUAGUGAAUAAUCCUGGCAACUCCAGCAGGGUUUGGAGAGACUCCUGCCCGAAAUCCUGGAGAGCCAUUGCCAGGCAGUGCAAACAAUACUAAACUAGAUGGACCGGACGCCUGACUCAGUAUGCGCUCCUAUGUAAUCUGUGCUUUUUAAAAAACCAAGAAGUACGUCAAAAUCGACAGCCAGAUUCGCACAUUAUGCGCACAGCAUGCAAAUGAAGCAGAGUUGCAAUCUUUGGCUAUUUUUACAUCCUAUAAUCUGCUUUUAUUAGUCCUGCGGAGAGACAGGGGCGGAACUAUGCGCGGCAUCAGAGUCUUUCCAAGACUUGAAAUCUGAUUUGAUCCUCCCCUCCGGCUUCUUAGAUUUCACAAUUCAUCCUUUGCCCACAUGCUUCCAACCGUACUGGGAAGAGGGAACCUCGUACUUGCUUCUCCUUUUUUCCUCUCCUUGAUGAAAAUGUCGGUUCUGGACAGAGCUGGAUGUAUGCGUGUCAUAAUCACGAUUUAACAAAGGAACAAAAAUGCAGGUUUUCCACUGCAUAUAUUUCUGCAAAAAUGGUCUUUUCGGGGGCUUCCUUCCUGACCCUGAACCCAUCAUGCUUUUAUUCAUUAUCAUUUACAGACGCAGCUGGGACCCGUCCUGCUAAGCGGAGCAGCAGCACCACCACCACCACGUCUGCCCGCCUCCUGGACACCCCCCGCCGUGGCCUGAUCCGGGUCACCACCCAGAGAGUCGUGCUGCACCGCCAGCUAGCCCGCCCCCAGCCCAGCCUGCCCACUGUCCUCACUGCCUCCAGCCCUCCUUGCCCUAGCCCUGGCAGCGCCUGCAGCCAGCUGCUGCCUAACCAGACCUUGAUCCGCUGGGGGGACCUCGAGCGCACGCUGAGCUUUGCCUGGGCGCUGCACGUCUACGGCUCCGGCGUGCUCUUCCUGCUGCUGAGCCUGCUGAGUCUGGCCUGCCUGGGGGGCUCCCUCGCCUUGCGGGUGGCUCACUUCCCGCACGUCGCGGCUGCCAGCGCCCUGCUGCUGGUCUUCGGGCUGCUGCGCACCACCUUCUUCCUGGCCGACCCGUACGGCGCGAGGGGCCGCCUCCCGGCCGCCGCGGUGAGGGUCCUCUACACGGCGCCCUUCCCCAUGCUGCUCACCACCUUUGCCGUGCUCCUCCUCCGCCUCUUCCGCCAGGCCCGCCUAGAAGUCCUGCCGCCCAAGUGGCAGAGCUUGCCGCUCUGGGCUGCGCUGGGGUCCGUGCAGAGCGCCGCCCUGCUGGCCGCCGACUUGUUCUCCCCUCCGUUGCACCCGGCCGUGCCGGUGGGGCUGCACACCCUGUCCUGCGCCCUUGGCAUCUGCCUCCUGCCCUUCACGGCCUUCGUUUACUGGCUGCUGCGGCGCAGCGUGGCCGAAGCGGCCGAGGGCACCCCGGAGCCGGGCGUCUGGAGCGGGGCCUGGCUGUUGCUGGCAAGCAGCGGGCUGGCCCUGCCGUCCUGCGGGCUGCAGUUCUACGGGGUGCUGUGGUUCUCGGGCCUCCUGGGCCAGGUGGACCUCUUCACCUGGGGCUGGUGGUUCGUGCAGUUCUGGUUCCGGAUUGUGGAGCUGGUGCUGUCCUUCGCCCUCGUCUCGCUCGCCUGGCAGGCCCUCUGCUGGCGCUACGGCUCGGCCGAGCACUCCUGCUGGGCCAAGCUCCUACGCUACUUCUGCGCUUACCGCAAGGCCGAGGUGCCUGAGUACCCCAACAACUGCUACGACUGGGCCGGAGGCAUCCUGGAAAAGGUCCCCAACAACGACAUCAGCAAGAACCUGAUCCGGAACCCUCCCGGGGGUGGCAGCGGGCGCCUCUGGGCACUCAAGGACAGCAAUGAGCUGCGGGCAGCAGGCGUCCAGGGCUCCAGUCCGUCACCCGCCCGCCCCGUCUACAGCCCCAAGUGCCCCAACGCCGCCGCGGCCAUCAUGGGCCGCUCCUACACCAGCAUCUGCUUCGAGCGGGAUUCGGUCCUCUCCCUGGCGGAGCUGGAGUUCCGGCCCCCGUCGCCCAUCAACCUGAGCCGCAGCAUCGACGAGGCGCUUUUCCGCGAGCACCUGGUGCGCGACUCCAUCUUCCUUCGCUCCAGCCUCCACUUCCCUUCGCGCCUGGCCCGCCAGGACUCCUGCUCUUCCCUGCGCGGCGACUGCUCCACUCUCUCCCACACCGCCCAGCCCCUGCUGUCGCGUCCGCGCCGCAGCAGCGACCCCGACUGCCUCUACAGCUUGGCCCGUGCCAGUUCCAUGGGCGAGCUCACCACUCAGAGCCGAGGCCUGGCCAGCGAACCUCCGACGGACACCUCCUUCGACAGCUUCUCCCGCACCUCCUUCUCCCGGGCCUCCCUCAAGUUCAGCUGGAACCCCUGGCGCCACGGCCUGUCCUCGCCAGAAAGCCUGCCCCCUGAGGAGCUGCCCAACCAGGCCCAGCUGCUGCCAGACGAACUGCCCCCGCCCCCUUCCAGCAGCGCCCCAAACUCAGAGCGCGAGGCUCGGAAGAGCUUCCUGGCCCUCAGCAAGCAGGUGGAUUCUCGCAGCCUCUCCAGCGACACCAUUGAACUGUGA